AUCGCAUUAAUUUUUGUUGGCCAUCUUUAUAUAUAUCCCCCACCCAAAUCCUAGAGUAUUCCAGGUGAUAGCGAAUAACCAAAGGAGAAAAUGGCAGCUGCACCAAAAGAAGAGAAACAUUUUGUUCUAGUUCACGGGGCGUGCCAUGGCGCUUGGUGCUGGUACAAGCUCAAACCGAAGCUCGAGUCCGCCGGUCACAAGGUCACAGCGCUGGACCUUGCAGCUUCGGGCGUGGACGCAAGGGCCAUCGCAGAUGUUCACUCAUUGGCAGAAUACUCCGAGCCUUUGUUGCACUUCAUCGAAUCACUCGGUCCGAAAGAGGAGGUGAUUCUUGUAGGUCAUAGCCUUGGAGGCAUGAACUUGGCCCUUGCCAUGGAAAGAUUCCCGCACAAAAUUACUGCUGCUGUUUUCUUGACUGCCUUUCUGCCAGAUACCGUUCACCAACCUUCAUAUGUUUUGAAUCAGUUCACGCAAAAGAUACCCGCGGAAGCAUGGUUGGACACCCAGUUUGCAAAUUACGGAAGUGUCAAAGAACCUUUAACAUCAAUGCAUUUUGGUCCAAUGUUCUUAACGAAGCUCUAUGAACUCUGCCCCAUUGAGGAUCUGGAACUUGCCAAAUCCUUAGUGAGGACAAGUUCACUAUUUCUUGAAGACUUGUCAAAGAUGAAGAAUUUCUCGAACGAAGGAUUUGGGUCGGUCACUCGAGUUUACAUGAUCUGUAACGAAGAUAAAGCAAUACCAGCUGAAUUUCAACGGUGGAUGAUCGAAAACGGUGGUGUUACAAAUGUGGUGGAGAUUAAGGGUGCUGAUCAUAUGCCAAUGCUUUCCAAGCCCCAAGAACUUUGCAAUUCUCUGUUGGAGAUAGGAAAUAAGUAAAAGCAUCUGCUUUGCUUAUUUAUGUAUUUUCAAUUAUCCGGGAGUCAUCAAACUUGUAUAUCAUAUAAUGUAUCGAUACAUCCGUUAGUAUCAUACUUGUUAAAAAUAAAGAAGAUUGCGGAUGCGCCUAUAUUUAAGUAAAGGUUGCUAAUAAAAAAGUUCAUUCAAAGUUCCAUUAGAA